AUGCCUAGAAAGAAUGCCAGAAACAAAAGAAAAAACGGACAUCAAUCCAAUCCAACAUUGUGUCAGAGCUCUAAAAGAAGGCAUCUACCUUCAGAGCCUCCAGGUUGCCAGCCAAACAGCACAUCGCUUGUAUUAGGGUCCCCAUCACAUUUCUGCCCAGAGUUAACUAGAGAUGGGACAAAACACAGCGGUGUAAAUGCUUCAGCUUCUGGUAGUGAUAUCCUACACUUGAUAGAGUAUGGUAGAGAGUUUUUGGUAAAGAUUCUGAUAUUUUGUGGCGCUAAUAUAGAGACGAGAGACGAAGAUGACAACACACCACUUUUGAAAUGUGCUGAGAAAGGUUUCACUGACAUAGCUCUGUUACUGGUUGAUAAAGGCGCUGAUAUCAACAGUUACAACAAAGACGGUGACACGGCACUUUUACUUUCUAUUCAAGCAUCCGGGUCCUCUGAGCUGGUUCGAAGACUUCUUGACAAUGACAAACGCGAUUUAAAAAUAAAUCAUAAAAAUAAAAAUGGAACUGAUGUAAAAGCUUGUCCCGAUGUUUCUGUGUCAAACAGUGCUUGUCAACUAGCUGAAAGCUUAGGGCUUAAAUCCUUACUAUUUAUUUUCGACCAACAGACACAAAAUAGGAAAACAGCUUUACAAAAUGCAGUUUCAAUGAAAGACAAAUACUUUAUCAAACUUUUAUUAGCUUGUCGUGUCGUUGUCUUCAGUGAUAGCUAUGGAGAAGUUAAUAAUAUUGUUUUUGAAUUUUUAGAUUCAAUACUAGACAGUAAACAAGAAAUAACAGAAGACGAUUUGGAUAUAGUUCAGAUUCUUCUUAAGGCUGGAGCUCCUCUAAAAUCUAACUACUAUUACAAUGGUUCAGAAAGCGUAUUAAAUUUAAGCAUAAGGACGGGCUGCUAUGAUUUAGUAGAAAUGAUUUGUCGUCACAUCGCAGAUGUAAACAAUCAAUAUCCCUUGGAAGUAGCUGCUGAGAUUGGAAGAUGUGACAUUAUAGACUUGCUGCUUGACCAUGGAGCAACGAUCAGUAAAGAAUCAUGCCCAGCACUGCAGUCUGCGAUUGUGCAUGAGCAAUUAGAUUGUGCAGAAUUUCUGAUAAAACGUGGUGCUAAAAUAGAUGCUUCUGCGGUACUGACAUCUAUUGUCGGAGGAAAUAAGAUUGAAUCGCUUGUGUUUGUAAUUGAACAAUUUAAGUCAGAUGUUAGUUCUCAGAUAAGGCUAAAAGGAACCCAAUUAUUAAACAUUGCUGCAGAAAAGGGGUAUAAGGAGAUAAUAAGACUACUAAUGCAAGAAGGCGCCAAUGUUAAUGCAAGUCAUGAUUAUAAAUCACCUUUAAUGUCAGCUACAGAUCCUAAUGUUAUGGAACUGUUGAUCAAAUUAGGCGCCGACGUGAAUGUCACUUUUGAAACAUAUGGAACAUCAUACUCAAAUCUAACUUCUAUAGUGAACGACAGUGAAAUGGUAUGUAAUAAUGAUAUUCUGCUAGAAAGAAUAAACAUCCUCCUUCAAAAUGAAGCUAAUGUGAAUGUGGAAGACAAAGCAGGCAACACUCCAUUAAUGGUAGCUUCAAAAAGAUUAGACAAAAAAGAGGUAAUGCGUGCUCUGCUACAAGCUGGGGCGGAUACUAAUAAACGAAAUAACAACGGUGAUAGUGCAUUACAUUUCGCUACAAAUGGUGAGUCUAUCGAAAGUGCUAAAGUUCUGUUGGAGUUUAAGGCAGAUAUCAAUUUAAAAAACAACACAGGACAGACACCUUUAUUCAGUUUGUUGCCAAGAUCAUAUAUGCAAAUGAUAGAGUUUAUGCUAGAAAAUAAAGCGAAUGUAAAUGAUGCUGAUACCCAAGGCGACACUCCUUUGCUAUGCAACAAUCGCAGUGAAGUCGUGAGACUUCUAAUAAAAGCAGGAGCUAGUGUCAACUGUCAAAACAGUGAAGGCUACACACCUCUGAUGUUAGUUGCCAAACAACAAGACAUCAAAACAAUAAAAGUAUUAUGUGAGGCAGGUGCUGAAGUCAAUUUAGUCAAUGAAAAGAAAAAUGAAACUGCUCUAUCUGCACUUAUAAGCAAAGGUCUCAUUAAAGUGCUCGAUACAGAACAUGUUCUUUACCUAAUAGAAAAAGGAGCCGACAGCUCAUGUUUAAGUCCUGAUAUUAUUCAUCAAUUAAUUUUGUACAAGAAAGAUGGUUGCUUAAAACUAAUUAUAUCCCUUGGCUUAGGGCCAAAAGAUGUUGAUCUAGCCUGCUAUACAAUUUGCAAGUGUUACUUGGCCAGCCAGCAAAUCAACAUAAGGCUAGAGGCUACACUUGGCCAGCCAGCCAUUCAACAAGUGGCUACACUUGGCCAGCCAGCCAAUCAACAUAAGGCUAGAGUACACUUGGCCAGCCAGCCAAUCAACAUAAGGCUAGCCAAACAAUCGAGUACUCACCUGUUUCCCAUAGAAGUUUUGAUCUCCCCUGAAGGAUCCUCGUAA